AUGAAGAAAGUUUGUUGGCCGUACUUCGAUCCUGAUUUUGACAAUCUACCUGAGAGGAUAUAUGGUCCCACUUGUAGAGUUUGUAUUGAUAAUGAAAGCAUGGAAGAUUGCACAGUAGUGAAGGUGGAUAGCGUAAAUAAGCAGGGCCUCCUCCUGGCGGUUGUGCAAGUUCUGACAGAUUUGAAUCUCACCAUCUCGAAAGGCUAUAUUUCCUCUGAUGCUGGGUGGUUCAUGGAUGUUUUUCAUGUACAAGAUGAGCAAGGCAAGAAAGUUAGAGAUCAAAAAGUUAUUAACUAUAUCCAGCAGGCUAUAGGCACAACAAGGGAGAGUACCCCAAGCCUCCCUAAAGCAAGAGCAUAUACCAACAAUGUUUCCGAAGCCGACCACCCAAGCGAGCACACGGCCAUUGAAAUGUCAGGAACCGAUAGGCCUGGACUCUUCUCCGAGAUAUCAGCUGCUUUGGCGGACCUUCAUUGCAACAUCGUAGAAGCCCAUGCUUGGAGCCACAAUGCUUGCUUAGCUUGCAUCGCAUAUAUUUCCGAUCAAUCCUCUGACACCCCAAUUGAAGAUCCCCACCGCCUUGCCUCCAUCGAGGAUCAUCUAACCACAGUGCUCCGUGCCAACACGGUGCCAAGCAUUAGUUCUGGACCACCCCAAAUAACGAAUCGAGAAGUGAAGACUGGGGGAUUCCUUGGAUGGGAAGGCACCAUGACCAAUGUAGAGAGAAGGUUGCAUCAACUCAUGCUUUCAGUACGGGAUUUUGAUGGACCUAAAAGCUCGUCCCCAAUGGGAACCGGAUUGAACCUCACCGUAGGAGGGAUGAAGAUGGCAGUUUCGAUCGAGAAUUGUGUCCAAAAGGGGUACUCAAUUGUUAGCAUCGAGUGCAAGGAUCGGCCAAGGCUCUUGUUCGAUACCGUAUGCACACUCACUGACAUGCAAUAUGUGAUUUUCCAUGCUUCAGUUGGCUCUCAUGAUGGCCGAGCAUUUCAAGAAUACUUCAUUCGACACAACGAUGGAUAUGCGCUCAAUACAGAAAGUGAGAAAGAACGAGUAAUUAAAUGCUUGGAGGCUGCCAUCGAGCGCCGAGUUUGUGAGGGUGUUAGGCUAAAGUUAUGCGCCGAAAAUAGAGUAGGGCUGCUUUCAGACAUAACUCGGGUUCUCCGAGAAAACGGACUUGCUGUGGUCCGAGCAGAUAUAGCAACAAAAGGAGAGAAAGCAGUGAAUGCUUUCUAUGUAAGAGAUGUGUCAGGGAAUGAAGUUGAUAUGGGAUUCAUCAAGUCAAUGAAGAAAGAAAUGGGCCUAGUUGAUCUCGAAGUGAGGAAUGAUGAUACGACGAGGAGAACAAAUAUUAGCUCACAUGAUCAGACCAAUCGUUUCUCUUUUGGAGACUUGCUCAAAUCUCAACUCGAACGAUUUUCUCAUAACUUCAUUGCAAUCAACUAA